AUGGCCAAACGAAAGAUAGACAACAGGACCUUCCAAGACAGGUGGGAGGCAAAUUAUUUGUUCACGACUAUAAAGGACAAACCUGUUUGUCUUGUGUGCGGAGCUGGCGUGGCUGUAAUAAAAGAGUAUAACAUAAGAAGACACUAUGAAACGAAACAUUAUGAAAAGUACAAGGACCUGGACCUAAAGCAGAAGCUGCAAAAGGUGGAGGAGAUGAAAAGAAGUCUGGUUUGCAGGCAGACCUUGUUCACGAAAGCAAAAUCAAAAAGUGAAGCUGCUGUAAAGGCCAGCUUUAUUGUGGCAGCAGAGAUCGCAAAAUCAGCCCGGCCCUUCAAUGAGGGAGAGUUUGUCAAAAAGUGCAUGGUCAAAGUUUGCGACAUCGUGUGCCCAGAUAAGAAGCAAGAAUUUUUAAACGUGAGCCUGAGCAGAAAUACCAUGGCUGAGCGCGCGUGUGAGCUUUCCACUAAUCUACAUGAACAACUAAUAAAAAAGGGAAAAGAUUUUAUUGCAUACUCCCUUGCUGUGGAUGAGAGCAGCGACACGUCUGAUACUGCACAGCUGUCAAUCUUCAUCCGUGGAGUAGACUCGAGCCUGUGCGUCACAGAGGAACUUUUAGGAUUAAAAUCAAUACAUGGAACGACCACAGGAAAAGAUAUCUUUGAAGAAGUAUCCAAAUGUAUAACUGAAAUGAGCCUGCCUUGGGAUAAACUUGUGGGACUGACGACAGAUGGUGCGCCCGCAAUGUGCGGUCAAAAGAGUGGAUUGGUCGGCAGGAUUCAGGAGAAGAUGCGGGAGGAAGAUGCAGGUAAGAUUACAGUUUAUCACUGUAUCAUUCAUCAGGAAGCGCUCUGUGGCCAAGCUCUGCAAAUGGAACAUGUUAUGAGCUCUAUAAAAGGAGUAGUCAACUUCAUAAGAGCCAAGGGUUUGAAUCACCGGCAGUUCAAGUCUUUUCUGGAGGAGUUGGAUUCAGAAUACAGAGAUGUGCCUUAUCACACAGAGGUUAGAUGGCUAAGCAGUGGGAAAGCACUGAACAGAUGUUUUGAGCUGCGCGAGGAAAUCUGUCAGUUUAUGGAGAACAAAGGGAAGGACACAACAGAGCUGAGAGAUGAAAAGUUUCUGUGUGAGCUGGCAUUUCUCUCUGACAUUGUGAGCCAUCUCGAUGUGCUUAACCUGCAGCUUCAGGGGCGGGGCCACGUCAUCACAGACAUGUACGCAGCUGUGAGGGCCUUCAAAACUAAGUUGCGUCUGUGGAAGACUCAGAUGCUGCAAGGAAACUUUGGUCAUUUUCCGUGCUGCCAAACCAUGGCAGCGCAUAUUUCUCCUGCCAUGCUGCCUAGCGCACAGUUCGCUGAAAAAAUCAACGCGCUCAGCGCCGAGUUUUCCCGGCGAUUUGCCGACUUCGAGGCUCAGAAAGGGAGAUUUGAACUGCUCAGUAACCCGUUUGCGAUCGAUGUGGAAAGCGCACCAACCAGCUUCCAAAUGGAGCUAAUUGAACUCCAAUGUAAUGACAUGCUCAAAUCAAAAUAUGACUCUGUUGGUGCUGCGCAGUUUCCAUGUUUCCUCCCCGACACAAUGCCUCAAUUACGCACCCAAGCUGCUCAGAUGCUCUCAAUGUUCGGCAGCACAUAUCUUUGUGAGCAACUGUUCUCUAUGAUGAAGGUGAACAAAACACCUCACAGAAGUCGACUCACUGAUGAGCACCUUCACUCCGUCCUGAGGCUUUCCUCAGCUCAGAGCCUGACUCCAGACUUUGACGAACUUGCAUCUAAGAAAAGAUGCCAGGUAUCUGGCUUAGACCAAUGUGCAGAGUACAUCAGAGCGUAG